AUGUUUGCUCUCCUCCAGACAGCACGUUGGUCAUAUGAGCAGCAGGGAGAAGAAGAAGCAGCGAUGGACAACUUGUCCCGCUGGAUGAGGAGGUGCUUCUGUGGCCAGGUAGAAGAGGAUGACGGGUGGAGAGGAGAAGAGGAGGCCCAGGAAAAGGAGGAAGAACAGAUGGGGGCACUAAGAAUGGAGGAAAGGGGUGUCAAGAAGAGCAAAAGUUCUUCAUCGCUGCCGGCUGCUGAGCUGGAUCCAAAUAGCUCUGGACCGCAACCUCACUGGUUCCACACGCUGCAGAUGCGACGGCUACGGGUGCAGCGAGGCCGAAGUAACAGUGACCCUUGGAGCCAGAAGGACUGCCAGAACCCCUUCAUAUGGAAACCAGGGCUACAGUUUGGAACGGCCAACUCAUACGUAAGCCUGGAGAAACUUGGUGAAGGCUCAUACGCAUCUGUUUAUAAAGGCAUCAGCAGGAUCAACGGACAGCUUGUGGCGCUGAAGGUUAUCCAGACAAAGACAGAGGAAGGCAUCCCGUUUACCGCCAUCAGAGAAGCCUCGCUGCUCAAAGGCCUGAAGCACGCCAACAUCGUCCUCCUGCAUGACAUCAUUCACACCAAAGACUCGCUCACCUUCGUCUUUGAAUACGUGCAAACAGACCUGGCCCAGUACAUGGACCAGCAUCCGGGAGGUCUGCAUUCUCACAAUGUGCGGGUCUUCAUGUUCCAGCUGCUGCGCGGUCUCACCUUCAUUCAUGACCGCCGGAUCCUCCAUCGAGACCUGAAGCCUCAGAACCUCCUCAUCAGCUAUUUGGGAGAACUCAAACUGGCCGAUUUUGGUCUGGCCCGUUCCAAAUCUGUACCCUGUCAGAGUUUUUCCUCGGAUGUAGUGACAUUGUGGUACCGCCCUCCCGAUGUCCUGCUGGGAUCUACAGAUUAUUCAACUGCUCUGGAUAUCUGGGGGGCUGGUUGCAUCUUCGUAGAGAUGCUGCAAGGUUCGCCAGCAUUUCCAGGAGUCACAGAUGUGUUUGACCAACUCAUGAAAAUUUGGAUGGUGCUUGGAAUCCCAUCAGAGGAUAACUGGCCUGGAGUUACCCACCUGCCUAAUUAUCAGCCAGAUUGGUCUCUUCCCUCUAAGCCAAAGCGGAUUCGCGCUGUGUGGAAAAGGUUGAGUCGACUCCCGGACAAAACUGAAGACCUUGUUCAGAAAAUGCUGAUGUUGGCGCCUACAGACCGGCUUUCAGCACCAGAUGCCCUGCAACACCCGUAUUUUAACACGCUGCCACCACCCAUCAUGCAUCUGAGGGACACUGUGUCAAUCUUCAAAGUCCCUGGCGUCCAUCUGGAGUCCGAGUUCCGCGACACCCUUAAUCCCAGCGGGCGAGUCAGACCUUCAUUUCUACCUGCUGCCAAAUUUUGGUGA